AUGUCGGGGUUACAAUCGCGCCACUCCGCGCCUGGGCCGUCCCAAACACAGACCACCACCGAGGCGCCCCCGAUUCCUUUAUCUACGCACGAGCAACCCCAGCGCGUCCUUCGUCUACGAGGUGCUAGGAAUACGAACGGGCGAUCAGUCCAGUGGGCGGAAGACGUGGUGGACAACGAGGGUCUGGGGCGCAAGAGCUCCAAAGUCUGCUGCAUAUAUCACAAGCCCAAGGCAGCCGACGAGUCAAGCGACGAGUCCGACACCUCCAGCAGCUCCGGCGAAGAUUCAGAAACUGAGUCCAAACCCGAGAAGGGGAAGGGUGCGUGCAGUCACGGCCACGGGCGCAAAGCAAAGAAGCGGCCGAGCAAGGGCCGGGCGCCCAGUCCGAAUGCAUACGAAAAGGUGCCCAAGGUGAAGCCCCGGGAAGAGAAGCAGACCAAGGCAUAG